AUAGUCUUUUAUUGCGUCACUCUGGGUAUAAACUUGCGGUUCGACAAGGAGUCAGUUGGUGAACACUCUACUCUGAAUUGACAAAAUAUCAGUUCAUCUUCUUGGAUUAGAGCAACAUGUCGAUAAUAAACAGCUCAGUGCGACCGCAGUUCGGACAGUGGCUCUUAGAGCAAGUACAGUCUGGACAUUACGGUGGACUUCACAUGAUCGACCGGGACACCUUCCGCAUCCCGUGGAAGCACAACUCCAGGAAAGACUGCGGAGACGAGGAUAACAAAAUCUUCCGAGAAUGGGCUGUGGUUAGUGGCAAGAUCAAUGAGUAUCCCAAUGACAAGGCAAAGUGGAAGACCAAUUUCCGCUGUGCCCUCAACGGCCUCACACAGUUCAAGAUGAUCCGUGACAACUCCAAGGAGGAGAAUCCUCAUAAGAUCUACCGUAUCGUCCGUCCUGAAAACCAUCAACAGUGCUCAAGCAUUAACACUGACCCUCUGUACAACUUCACAAACAAUCAAUAUGAAGAAAUGGAUUAUGAUCUGCCAAACCAAAUAGACGCCUUGGAUCUAAAUCAACAGCCCACAGAAAUACAAUAUUGGGCAGACUACCAACAACCCAUCCAAAACUUAGCAGACAACACCAACUACACCGUCCCCCAAAUGCCCAUUUUGCAGCAGCAUUGCCUUCCGAAUAACAUGCCUGUUUCAGCACCAAUAUUAUCACAGCUAAGCUACAAUAUAGUUCCUCAGCCUUUCAUCCUGCCUUCUAUUUAUGAGCUGGAGAUCACCAUUCACUACAGGAGAAUGGAGAUGCUGAAGAGGAAGGUUGUAGGUCCACACAUUCAGCUCCACUCACAGUGUGAUCAGUCAGAGCUGAGGGGCUUUUCUGUGCCCUUCCCCAGCACUGAGGAGCUCACUGAUCACAAACAGGUCUAUUACACUAAGCGCAUCCUGGACAGCAUUAAUAGGGGUCUGCUCCUGGAGGUCUGCUCCUCAGGCAUCUACGGUUACCGCCAGGACAAGUGCAACGUCUUUGUAAGCACCCGCGAUCCUGCCGAGAUCCAGAACCCAGAGCCCAAAAAGCUGCACCAGAACCAGAAUGAACUGAUCUUCAGCUUCGACAAGUACAGGAAAGAUCUCGUGGAUUUUAAAGAGAACAGACGAGGAUCUCCAGAGUACACCAUCUAUUUGUGCUUCGGAGAGAGGUUCCCAGAUGAUAAGCCAGUAGAGAGAAAGCUGAUUGUUGUGAAGGUCGUGCCCCUGAUAUGUCGUGAGUUGCAUAAGGCAGCACAGCUGGAGGGAGCAUCGUCUCUGCAAAACGAUAACAUCAGUCUGCAGCUCUCCCACAACAGUCUGUAUGAACUGAUUGAAGCCACUUUCUCACCACCUCCAGCUGUAUAAAGCCUUUUCGGCUUCAUCUUGAUAUCGUUUGCAGCUCUCUGCACUCCUUCUGAUAAGCAUGGUUUCAACCAGUAGACUGAUGUCACUCAUCAUCUUCUGUCAUGCAGCACCUUCCUGGCUGCAGCAAUGCAUAAUCAAUGUGCACUAAAUGUAACCUUGGGUAUCCCAAAAACUGAAAAUAACUUUUAUUCCAUUUGAUUUUUAUCAAUGCUUUACUCCCUUUCGCUGUCAGUGACAACUAUGCUUAAGCAUUUUUAAUGUAUUUUAUCGAAUUUUAAAAAAUACUCUGCCCAAAGGGCUAUAUUUAUAAGGAUUUCUUAUCUGUUACAUAAAAAAGCUUCUUUUUAUUAGAGCUUGCCAUGUGAACAAUAAAAAAAUGUAUACCUUAGUCUAACAAAUCUCAUUAAAGUUUACAUGUAGGUAUGGAAACUUCAAGAAACCUUUGUUUUCAUUUUUAUUAAAUAAAUUGUUAAAGAAAGGUAUUUACAAAUCAGCAGAAUGGAUUCUCCUGUUCACAAGGAGAAUCAAGUACAAUCCCAUCAGUAAUAAUAAUAAUAUUAAGGCAGCACAUUUCACACAAGGAGGAUCAACAGUCUGCCUUCAUCAACUAUGAAACCAUUAUUUCCUGCUUCUAUAAGCCUAUUAGACUAAUUCUGUCUUUAAAUGCAGUUACCAGUCAAAACAGGGGAAGUAAAUGGGGGGAAAAAAAAAAAACUAUAUGAAUAUACUCUGCCAUAAUUUUCACCGAUUUCAAAUGACUGAUGCUAAAAUUAAACACACACCAUAGAAUUAAAUAAAUAAACAAGCACCUUGUUAAAAAAAGAUCCUCCCUCUGUCCCAAA